AUGUUGGAUUCAAGGGACCAAAAGGAGACAUAUAACUGUUCAGCGGUUAACAUUUUAGGACAGGCGCGGGCAUUGGUACAGCUGAUAGUAAAUGGUAAGACCUUUAUGAAAUAAACAAAAGAAUAAAUAGUAAGAAACAAAUUUCGGAGAUCCUGCUGUCCUUACAUUUUGCUUCGGAUAAAUUAUUUCAAACUAAAGUAGAAAAAAAAAUGUUACAAAACUGAAUAUCUUAAUUAUAUUGUUGUUGCUGUUUUUUCUUCAGAGCCAUUUAUGUCCUCAGCUCUGUCGUAAAAAUGCUAGAAUCCUCUAAUCAAUAAAACCAAGGCAAAAGAGUCAAAAUAUUCUCUCUGUUCCAGUUCACCCUAGAGUUUCCCUUCAUCCGGGACCUCAUUGUGCUAUUGAAGAAAGUAAUUAUACUCUCCCAUCCUGUCACGUGACUGGGUAUCCUACCCCUGUGGUCUCAUGGAAAAAGUCAUCCGGUCCAUUACCCCAGGGAAGAGUGAAAUAUAACAACAGUGCAUUACAAAUUCUUCAUCUACGUAAAUAUGACUCUGACGUGUAUUUCUGUUCAGCAUCAAACUUGCUAGGACGCGUAGAAAAGAAAAUUCUCUUAGUUGUUGUCUCUCCUCCUCGGUUUACUGUAAAACCACCAGCUAAAGUUGUCGCGUGGGUUGGUAGCACUUUAAGGUUAAACUGCAGCGCUACUGGCGAUUUACAACCAGUCAUCAGCUGGAAAAAACAAGGAGGUCAACUGCCCGUUGGGCGUAGUCAGCAGAUAAAUGGCGAUUUGGUGAUAAGAGACAUAUCAAAGAACGAUAGAGGAAAUUACAUUUGUAUCGCAACGAAUGCAAGAGUGUUUGAGGCUGAGACUGUCACAUGCACUGAAGUGGAAGGUGCGAUUUUAUAUGAGGCAUUUAGAAUAUAAACGUUUUAAAAGACAAGUUAACGUAAAUUUGAUCCAAUUUUGCGCUCUGGCUUUAAAAAGGGCAGGGGGAGAGCGACGUUCCUUUUUUUUUCUUUCAUAGGUAUUUCACUUAAGUAAUUGUUUAUAUAUUCUUUGGACAUAUGUUGGUGAAGUUUAAAGACUACGAGUAGUCUCUCUCUUUUCUUGGUUCUUUGUCCCUCGUGCAAAACGCACGAGACACGCAAAUGACCACACGCGUGACUGAAGGCGCAAGAUGGGAAAGGUACGAAAAAAGCAACUUUCUUCUCGGGCUGCCUUUCUCUUUUCUCACGUCUCGACGCUCUCGCGCGCGUGGCUCUUCACUAAAUCUGAGAAAAAGAGAGACUAUGGUUGCUUACCAUUUACACAAUACGACCGAGCGGAAAUCUUGUCCAAAAACAACAGCAAGAAAAAAACAAACUAUAAAAUUUUACGUGGUGGGAGAAAGACCCGCUAAAAUGAAUGUCCCAAUCAGCUAAACAGACUAGAAAGAAUGCAAAAAUUGCAUCCCCUCAAAUCACAGCCCAUAUUUUCUUAGGCUACCCAAACGGAAUGGUGCGAACCAUUUGAUUUCCCAUCCAGAAUUCCGGAUCUCCAUGUAAAUGGUAAGUAGAUUACCUGAAAUACGGUUUUACAUAAAGUGAGGUCAAGUGAUUUUCAGAGCGAGUGUGCGAUUUGUUCGCACUUUUUUGUGCUAAAAAAUGGUUUUAUAAUUCAAAGGUGUUCGGAAAUCAUGCUAAAAUAGCCACUAUGUCUUAAGAUGUUUUAAUUUUUCAAAAGCGUCCUACGCCAUAAUAUGUUCAACAACUUGUAGAACUCAUAGAAAAUACUGAAAAACUCCAGUAAGUAAUGAUACCUUAAAAAGUUAAUUUAGGUGGAGAUACGGAGUAUGUUUCAGAGUUGGGUAGAAUCGGUGGAAUAGGUCUAGAAUAAAGUUUUGAAGCUGUUUAAAUUAACGUUUUUUUAAAUUUUAUUUUAAGCUUGAUAAAGCACUCCUGCUCUUUUUACAUAAUUGCCAUAUCGUCUGUUUUGUUUUACGUUAUCUUUUGAAGAACGCAUCUCUUCAUCCAUUAUUCUUGCCAGCCUUGACAGCAAGUACCUCAUUAAGCUGAGUUUAUAUUUAGACCCAGUUCUUCAGAGUCCAGGUCGCAGCAGGUUUGUGUCGAGGUGUUGGCAAGGUAAGCCGGACAGAUGGUUGGGCGUCAUCAACAUUCCACACUAA